CCGCCGGGAGCAACCUGCGCUCAUCACCCCCCCGGAGCCUGAAGGAUGGAUGUUGUCCUGUGGAAGCGGAGGAGGGCGGAGAAACACAUCGCCUGAUAUAUAAAUAUAUAUAUAUAUAUUUUGAGAUAUAUAUAUAUAUAUAUUUAUUAUUAUUUUGUGUGUGUGUGGCAUUUUGUCUUCCUCCUCUCGCAGCCUGGUUGUGGAGGCAGCAGCUGCUCGGCCCUUUCUUUAUUAUAGGGGCAGAGGCGUCCGCGGGGAGCGAUGUGAAGAGCCCGCUCCAUCACCACCGUCUCUCGUCUCGCGAUCCGGAGGAAUAAAUUAUGAACAACGCGCAAGAAAUGUCGCCCGAUUUCGUGUUGAUGCGCCUGGUGUCCGCGGCCGAGGACGACCGCCUGGACGCGGAGAACGGCAACCUGCCGCCGGGAGCAGUGGUGGCGGCGCUGGGGAAGGAGGCGCUGGCGCACCGGGUGGACAUCGGCCGAGAUCCGGCGGCGGGCGUCGAGCAUCCCGGCGGCCGCCUGAACAAAGGCACGGCGGGCGGGGAGGGCACGGCCGCACCUGACGCCGGGGCGCCGGAGAGCCGCGCGCCGCUGUCCGCGCCUGCUCCGCCGCAGAGCCCCAUGGAGGCCCAGGGCUUCGACUUCGCUCCGAGCCCCGGCCUCCGGCCUCAGCUGCUCGUCUUCUCCAACAUAAUGCGCAACGAGGAGGGGAUUUUGGACUUAGACCGUCGGAAUCAGCCCAGGGAUGCUCGGGGCUUGGACCCGAGCCCGGGGUCCGGCUGCUCCGGCCCGGCGGUCAACAACAACGGCCUGCGCCCCGGAGACGCGCAGCAGCAGCAGAACCUGCAGGACCGGACGUGGGGGGCGCAUCCCCCGGUGUCCGUGUCCGCGGAGAUGCAAGGAGCCGCGGAGCUGUGCCGCCGGCAUCGUCUCAUCAGCACCCCGCCCGAGUGGCCCCUGUUGUCGGACAGAUCCAACCCUCUCACCGUGAUUGACUCCAAGUGGGGCUGCGCCACCAGGGACCGGGAGGGAGCCGUGUUCGAGUUGGCUCGGCGGUUCGGGGAGCUGGGGGUCGGCGCGGUGCCCAAGAUGCUGCUCAAAGCGGGCGAGCUCCCGCAGUGUUCGUGUCAGGGUGCACACAGGCCGGCGGGAGGCGGGGUGGAGCCCGGGGACGACCCCGCAGAGACCAGCGACGCGUUGUUGGUGCUGGAGGGGCUGGGGAGCGGGGACGUCGCCGGCCUGGCCAUGGAGGAGGAGGCGGGCGACGAGCACGGACGCCACGAGUUUUUACUCAACAGGAAAAGGGAAAUAGUUCAGAAAAUGUCGGGGGCUUUCUCCAUCAGCAGUUUCCAAGCGGAGCUGCGGAGGCAGGUGGAGGGGAUGGACCCGGCGGCGGCGCACCCGGCGGCGGCGCAUCUGGGCGCGCAGGUGUGCAGCCUCCACGGGGGCUCCGCCAGCUCUGGGCACGCGGGGGUUGUGGCUGCACAGCCCCCGGCCACCACGUCGCCGUCGCCCACGCCGGUCCAGAGCUCGCCGUGGGCCACGAGCCCCAACCUGAGCCAGGCGUCGACACCCAGGCGGCGCCCGGAGCGGUGCGCCAGCGCGCCGCGGACCCCCACGGGCCGCGCGGCGGCGGGCGGCGCGGACAAGACCCUCAAAGUGCCGGGGAAGUCCAAAAAGGGCUCGCUGAAGAUCCGCCUGAGCAAACUGUUCCGGACUAAAAGCUGCAGCGGCUCCAACCACCUGCUGGACAAGAGGCCCUCGGUCACCUACUCCGUGUCGUCCGCCGGGAGCCUGGUGGACAUGGCGACCGCUGCCGGCGCCGAGCAGGACGCGGACAGCCACAACCAGCCCAGACUGACCCGGGCCCACAGUGCCUUCUCCCCCGCCUCGCUCUCCACCUCGCUCUCCACCUUCACCGGUGAGACUGUGUCUCUGGUGGAUGUGGAUAUUUCUCGGCGAGGGGCGAACACGCCACACCCUCCCACGCCUCCCCCGCCUCCACGCAGGAGUCUCAGCCUGUUAGAUGACAUAGCCGGGCCUCAGCCUGGGCCUUUCCUAGUUAUGGGCGCCUCCCUGCAGUCCCUCCCCCUGCCUCUCCCUCCUCCUCCUCCUCCCUCCCACGCCACCAUCCAGCACAGUCUCAGCCUCAAUGACGCCUUCCUGCGGGCCCUUCCUCACUCGACCCCAUCGUCGGCCGAUGCGCUGCCCCCCUCCAGGCAGGCCCCGCCCCCCAUGCUGUGCGCCCUGCGGCGGUCCGAGGCCAGCAACUUCACCGCCAGCCUGAGGGAGCUGGAGAAGUGCGGCUGGUACUGGGGUCCCAUGAACUGGGAGGACGCGGAGAUGAAACUGAAGGGGAAACCGGACGGGUCCUUCCUGGUUCGAGACAGUUCGGACCCCCGGUACAUCCUGAGCCUCAGCUUCAGGUCGCAGGGAGUCACGCACCACACGCGCAUGGAGCACUACCGAGGGACCUUCAGCUUGUGGUGUCACCCGAAGUUUGAGGACCGCUGCCACUCGGUGGUGGAGUUCAUCGAGCGGGCCAUCAUGCACUCCAAGAACGGCAAAUUCCUCUACUUCCUGCGCUCCCGAGUCCCAGGGCUUCCUCCCACCCCAGUUCAGCUGCUGUAUCCUGUAUCUCGCUUCAGCAACGUGAAGUCGCUACAGCACCUCUGUCGCUUCUGCAUCCGACAAAUGGUCCGCAUCGACCACAUCCAGGAGCUUCCACUGCCCAGACCACUCAUCUCCUACUUGAGUAAGUUCUAUUACUACGACCCGGAGGAGGAGAUGUACCUGUCAAUCAAGAGCAUCCAGCGGGUGGUGGGAGCAGGGCAGCAGGCCGAGUCGCAGACGUAGCAUACGAGAUCCUCUCAGCGCAAGUUUCUUUAUGGAGGACUGAUCUGUACUGGACUGCCGGUCUUCCAGCAUCAGCCAAUCCAGAGUCCCUGGAAAUCCCUGUGUCCAUCUGCACUGGGACGGACCCGCCUCCCCGUUGAUUUGGACUAACGAAAAAGAAGAAGGUGUUUGCAGUCGGAAAGCGGCGAAACUGUCGGACCAGACUGCGCAGUCGCAGAGGACUCGUCUGCGGAGGGACCGCAGAGAUGUCGUCGCCUGCAAACACGUCGGUGGGAAAAACGAAACGGGGGAGCGGUUGAUUUUGAACCGGAUUCGAAGACAUUUCCUGAACCUGCUGAACUGGACUCUGAAAACACAAAUGCACUGGUCGAUUUGUACAACUGUUGUUCGCUGCCGUUUUCUUGUUUUUUUCCUUCCGUCCUGUCGAAGCGAGGGGUUCUCGGAUCAAACAGUCGCCCCUCAGGAUCGCCCUCCGCUCUGAGGCCGGGCGACGGACAGACGGGGUCAAAGUGUUUGGUAGAGACAUGCCGCCAUGUUGGUUUUUCCUUUGUUGGCUGUCAUGCUAAUGCAUACAUGAAUUACACAACUGAUUAAAACAAUUUGAAUUAAAAACACGUAAUUUACCCUAAAGAGAUUCGACCAACUCUUUCCAACCCCUCGAACUGAAAUUCUACUUUACGGCCAACGGCUCCAUCUCCGAACGUCCAGUUGCGUCUCUUCGUCCGAUGACCAGACUGAAUUGCCGUUUCGCUUCAGCCUGACGUCCACGUGUUGGCGGAGUUUGCUCAACGCGAAGACCUCCCGAGUCUUUCUGCUCGCAGCCGUUAACGCCAUCGGUUUAUCCGUGCGCGACGCCACCUUCGGCUCUAGGACAGCAGUUAUGGAUGUUCCGAAUUUCAUUUGAAUCAUUGGUUAAUGUCCCACAUGUCUCGGAACAUCGUCAGCCUCCAUGGAUUGAGGUGGUGCAUUUGUUGCUUUCCGUCAUUCAAGCCAGGUUAUGAAUAUAGCAAGUUUAUGAAGUUUUAUGAACUCUACUUCGUACAACCCGCCCUGCAGCUCCAUGCAGCUGGUGGGACAUACUUGAUAUCGGAUGCUUGAUGAUUGAAAGUAGAUUUUUUUUCCCCAUUUUGUCGUGAAAUCAACGUCGAGACACUUCUUUCAAUUUGGUAUUUGAUGCAGCGGAGGUGGAUUUGAGAUGAUAACCCCGAUGCGUCAUGUCCUCCAUCACGCCCCUCGCCCUGCCUCACGAGGUGUAUCGGUCCGUCACGACUGACCUCUCUACCUGUCAGGUUUAUUUGUUGAAAUGCCCAGGUGUGUUUUGUUCACACUGUUUCUCAGUUCCCCUGGAGCUGCAGCGCUACCCGCUCAGCAUUUUCAGUAAAAGGAGAAAGAAAAGAAAAGAAAAAAAAAAGAACAAGA